AUGAAUUGUGAAGCGUGUCGUAAUCGAAUUACUGGCGAGGAACUACUCCUAUGUAUAAAGUGUAUGACACAUUAUCAUUAUAUAUGCCUGAACAUAACUCAAUCUUAUUCCAAGGCUAACCUGGGCGAACUGAGAAGGUCCUGGAUAUGUCCACUUUGCAUCAACGUAACUAGGCGAAAGGGAAACAACUGCAAUACGCCUGUUCGGAAACAACUAGAAAACAUGGAUGAGUCUAGCAUGUCCUGCGAAGACCUUACGAUUAGUGAAAACACUGUUGAAAUUAGUCGACCAGUCAUGGACACAGUUGAAAAUACACCCACGUCAUCCGGAUGUACUCCCGCUGCGAGUAUCACAUUGGACCAAUUCUCGAGACUUCUAGAUCUUAAGUUGGAUACUAAGCUGGAAAGCUUUCAAGCAUCUUUAAUCAGAACAAUAAGAAAUGAAGUUAGUAAUCAAAUAGCCAAACUAAAAACCGAGUUCACCGUAACGACAGAUUUUCUUGCGGAGGAGCAAAGGGACGUAAAAGCUGAACUUAAGACGUUGUCAGACAAGGUCCGCAAGCUUGAAGAUGAAAAUGUGCAACUACAAUCCGAAUUAUCCCAAAUGAAUAAAACUCUGCAGGUCUUAGACAAAUCCUCAAGAAACUGCAACAUUGAAAUCCAGUCGGUACCCGAAAAACGAUCGGAAAAUUUAUUGUAUGGGCUGAUGAAAUUGUGUGAGGUCAUAAAUUGCCCUAUUGCUGAGUCAGACAUAAAAUCUAUCCGCCGUGUUGCAAAAAUGAACCCUUCGUCAGACCGUCCCCGCAAUAUUAUUGCGACGCUGCACUCGGAACAUCACCGCGACACUAUCAUCUCUGCAGUGCGAAGAUUCAAUAAAGCAAACAAGUUGUGUCCGCUAAACUCAUCUCACAUGGGCUUAGCUAGCGAAAAAUACAAUAUCUACAUAUCGGAAUACCUAUCAGCUGGAUGCAAGGCAGUACACGCCGCGGCAAGACAAUGGACUAAAAUUAACCACUACAAAUUUGUCUGGGUAAAAUACGGUCGUGUCUAUGUUCGUAAAAAUGAAGAAUCCCCUGCCAUACUUAUAAGAGACACUAGUUAUUUAUCAAAGCUGCCGCCUAAUAACCCUGUAUAG